AUGGUGAAAGACACAAUUUAUUAUGAUAUCUUACAAGUUGAGGUAACAGCAACUGAUGUCGAAUUGAAAAAAGCUUAUAGAAAACAGGCUAUAAAAUUACAUCCUGAUAAAAAUGCCAAUGAUCCCAAAGCUGCAGAAAAAUUUCAAGAAUUGGGUGAAGCCUAUGGUGUUUUACUGAAUCCUGAAAGCAGAAAAAUAUACGAUGAGUUUGGGGUUGAAGGAAUGAAGGAAAACCCAACCAUGCAACAAGCUGCUGAUAUAGAUCCUGCCGAAUUCUUCAACAUGAUUUUUGGUGGUGAUUCAUUUAAGGGAUGGAUUGGGGAAUUGAGCAUGUUGAAUGAUAUGUCGAAAAUGGGGGAAAUUAUCACUGAAGAUGAAGUAGAAUUAGAAAACGUUGAAGAGGAGAAUAAACCGGGGAAACAGCAUGGGGCUACUGAUUCAUUGAAUGAGUCUGUUCAAACAUUGACUAUUUCCGAUAACAACACGAAGGUAUCUAGUAGCAACAAUAAACCGACAUCCAAUUUAACUUCAGAAGAAAUUAAAAAGUUGAAAAAGCAAAAGAUCAAUGAACAACAAAGAGAGCAAAUGUUGAAGUAUCAAGAAGAAGCAAAGCAAGCCAAAUUGAAACGUAUAGAUGACUUAACAAGUUUAUUGUUAAAGAGAAUUGAAAAUUAUCAAUUAUCCAAAAACAAUAAAGAAGCAUUGGAAAGUUUCACCAGAAUAUUGCAAACGGAAUUCGAAGAUAUGAAAAUCGAAAGUUUUGGGAUUCAAUUGUUGCAUUUGAUUGGUAAAAUAUAUAUUGACAAAGCUAAUGCUACUAUUCAUGCUUCAAAAACAUUUGGUGUAUCAAAAAUAUUUACUUCUGUAAAAUCAAAGACCGAAACGGUUAAAAACGGCUAUUCGAUUUUGAAAACCGCAGUUGAUGCUCAGUUAUCUAUUGAACAGAUGGUAAAGGAGCAAGAACAGUUUUUGUUGUCACAAGAAGAAGGACAUCAACCAACUCAAGAGGAAUUGGUAAAACAAGCGGAAAUGGAGAGAAUUAUCACUGGUAAAUUCUUAGCAACCGCAUGGGCAACCACAAAGUUUGAAGUCACUGACAUAUUGCGUAAAGUUUGUCAUAAUGUAUUACGCGAUAAAACUAUUUCCAAGAAGGAAAGGGUUGCCAGAGCCGAAGCAUUAUUGUAUAUUGGUAAAGAGAUUUCCAAAGUUGAAAGGUCUCCUGAAGAAGAAGAAGAAGCAAGAAUAUUUGAAGAAAUAAUGGCAGAGGCCCAAGCCAAGAAGUCUUCCAAAAAGCAAAAAUCAAUGAAUAACAAAGAAUUGGAAGAAUAUAUGAAAAGAAUGGCUGCUGAAAAUGCCGAAUCAGAGGAACAGUGA